UACUGGUCGUGUGACCGGAAGUUGACAUAAAUGCGGAAGUUGUUGUUUCGCAGUCAGUUUUGAAAUAUUAUUUCAUUUAUUUUUUCAAAUAAGCCUAAGUUCAAACGAUACACACAAUUUCUUCUAAGAUUCUAACUUAAUGAAGACUUGCUAUUGCAGUUUUUCCAUCAUCAUGGAUGAGCCCACAGCAUCUGGCGUGUUCUGCAGCAGAAUGUUGAGCAUGGUUAACUCUGAGGACGUGAACGCCAUCAUCCAGGCUCAGAGACACAUGCUCGAUCGGUUUGAAAAAACCAACGAAAUGCUGAUAAACUUUAAUGGACUGUCAAAUGUGAGGCUGCAGCAGAUGAACGACCGCUUUCUACUCCACACCCGCACUCUGGUGGAGAUGAAGAAAGAUCUAGAUAGCAUCUUCAGACGAAUCAGGACAUUAAAAGGGAAGAUCGCCAAACAAUACCCAGAAGCUUUCAGCAAUAUCCAUGAGUCACCAAUCUCAGAAGAUGAAGAUGAUGAAUUUGACCCUAUUCCUCCAAGUGUUGCUACAACGACCACAACAGCCACUUCGGAGCAAAGCACCGAGUCCUGUGACACAAGUCCUGAUGUGAUUUCACCCACUGUGAGCAGAUGUUCUGAGGACCUCUCUCAGGAGCCACCUGACACACCCACUUCUGAUGUCCUAGAGACGGCCGUCCUUCAGGAUGAAGGUCCUGACUCUGUACCUGCUGAGUAAAAAGAAUAGAAUGGACUUAAAGGUCACAGGCUGUGCUCUGUGUUUAAACAUAUGUUUUAUUAAUAGGUACACCUGUUUGUUAAAGGUCACAAGUUUCUCUUUUAUUGUCUAAGAGGACACAAACUUGUUUGAUGUAUAUCUGCACACUAUUUAAAUAAUGCAAAAAACGACUUUACUUGUGAAGUGUCUGAAUAUAAAUUUAUGUAAAAAAUUAAGGAUCCAAAGUUUUCAAUAAUUUUGUGACUGUAGUUUUCUUUU